AUGGCAUCAGGAGAUACAAAGACAAGCCUCAAGGAUGCCUACCCCUCUGCCAAGAGGCUGUCCCUGCAGGAGGAGGAGAAGGGAGAGGUUGAGGACUACUGCACCCCAGGACCCUUUGAGCUGGAGCGCCUCUUCUGGAAGGGCAGCCCCCAGUACACACACGUCAACGAGGUCUGGCCCAGGCUCCACAUUGGUGAUGAGUGGGGAGCUGUGGCCCAACCCAAACCGUGGGCACCAGAGGGGGUGAAUGUGGGUAAGAUCCUGGUUCACUGUGCCAUGGGCCGGAGCCGGUCGGCAACCCUGGUCCUGGCCUACCUGAUGAUCCACAAGAACAUGACCGUGGUGGACGCCAUCCAGCAAGUGGCUAAGAAUCGCUGUGUCCUGCCCAACCGCGGCUUCCUGAAGCAGCUCCGUGAGCUGGACAAGCAGCUGGCCAAACAGCGGCGACAGGCUGGGCCAGGGGACAGCGAGCUGGGGAGGUAG